UCUAUAAUUGACUAAUCGGUUAUUCGAACUUGCUCCUAUUUCUAGAAAUUGUGGCAAAUGAACUGAAAAUUUGGCAACUUGGGUAUAACGGCGCGGCCAUUUUAUUAUUGACUUGUAGAAAGGUUGGAUAUUUUCCUUCAUUGAAGUUUGUUAUUAGUGGCUGUGAUACGUGUGUUUUCACCUUCUUUGUAAUUUGGAGUAUUCUUGGUUCGUGUGACUUUAAAUUGUAAGAAUGAUCGGAUCAAGUGUGUGUUGACAUCGCGGACAACUACGAUUGUUAGUGUGACGUUCGUAUCCUCCGCCGCUGUUGCAACCUGCUUGGUGCUUUAGGCGGAGUGUGCAAAGGAAAUUCGAAGCCCUGGAAGGUUUAAAAGUUCAAACCAUGGGCAACAAUGCCGCUACGGCGAACAAGAAGGUCGAUUCUGCGGAGUCCGUCAAGGAGUUCCUGGACCAAGCUAAAGAGGACUUUGAAGAAAAAUGGAAGAAAAAUCCAACAAAUACAGCAUCUUUAGAUGACUUUGAAAGAAUCAAAACAUUGGGUACAGGUUCCUUUGGACGAGUUAUGAUAGUACAACACAAACCUACAAAGGAAUAUUAUGCUAUGAAAAUUCUUGACAAGCAGAAAGUCGUUAAAUUGAAACAGGUUGAACAUACUCUUAAUGAGAAACGUAUUUUACAAGCAAUCAGUUUUCCAUUUCUUGUUAGUCUGCGGUUUCAUUUUAAAGACAAUUCUAACCUUUACAUGGUAUUGGAGUAUGUGCCAGGUGGUGAGAUGUUUUCUCACCUUCGGAAAGUGGGUCGCUUUUCUGAGCCCCAUUCGCGGUUUUAUGCCGCGCAAAUAGUGCUUGCUUUUGAGUAUCUACAUUACUUAGAUCUGAUAUAUAGGGAUCUGAAACCAGAAAAUUUACUGAUAGACUCGCAGGGGUAUUUGAAAGUAACUGAUUUUGGUUUUGCCAAGCGUGUUAAAGGUCGUACUUGGACCUUAUGUGGAACUCCUGAGUAUUUGGCUCCAGAAAUAAUUCUCAGCAAGGGAUAUAAUAAAGCUGUAGACUGGUGGGCACUUGGUGUUUUAGUUUAUGAAAUGGCUGCUGGUUAUCCCCCAUUUUUUGCUGAUCAGCCAAUACAAAUUUAUGAGAAGAUAGUUUCUGGCAAAGUUCGAUUUCCCUCACAUUUUGGUUCCGACCUGAAAGAUCUUCUCCGCAAUCUUUUACAAGUAGAUCUUACAAAGCGUUAUGGAAAUCUCAAAGCUGGUGUUAAUGAUAUCAAGGGUCAUAAAUGGUUUCAAUCCACAGAUUGGAUAGCUAUAUUUCAGAAAAAGAUUGAAGCUCCUUUUAUACCUAGAUGUAAGGGUCCAGGAGAUACUAGCAAUUUUGAUGACUAUGAGGAAGAGGCAUUGCGUAUAUCAUCCACUGAGAAAUGUGCAAAAGAAUUUGCUGAGUUCUAAGGAUUAUUUAUGUGCGUAAGUAGCCUUGCCAGUCUUAGGCCAUGGGCGUAUAUAAAUUUUAUAUCAUUAGGGGUCCAUUUGUAUCUAGUUCAUCUAGAACACCAAAAAUAAAUCAGACUGGAAUAGGUGUAUUGGUUAUAUAAUUUUUUAUUUUUUUUUAAGGUUUUGUUGCCCCUAAUAUCUAGAGUUUUGAUUAUCAAAUGAAUAUAAAAAAAUAAAACAUUUCAAAAUUAAUUCUUUAACCAUAGCUGUAGAUAUACAUAAUCAGCAUAACAGAUUUUUUCUAAAACAGGUUUCAUCCAAAAAAUUAUGUUUCAAUAAACAGUAGAUUUCUGUUGUAGAACACUUAAAGAAUUUUAAUAAUCUAGCAUAAAUAAUUAUCUAGUAUUCAGUAGUUAAAAAUCUCUAAUUGUAAUUUCAGAAUUCUCUUUAAAUACGCCCAGGCUAGACUAGAUACUCAGACUGCCGUAUGCCAUGGUUCUUCCAAAAGAAUCUGCCCUGUGCUUAAAGGUUGUGGGAUACUCUGCAUGACACUGCACUUCAUCACAUUGGGGUGUUAGGAUUGAUAAGUUAAUAAUUUUUAUGGAUAUACCUAUGUUGCAAAUUAUACAGUACUGAAUAUCUGACAUAAUUGCUACUAAAAUUCAUUUAAAAAUUUAGCUAUUGCUAUUUAAAAAAAUACAAAUAGGUAUAUAUAUUUGUAUGAAGGAAAAUGUUAUAACUUAUCUCAGUUAUAAAUAGGGAAUUUGAAUAUUAAAGAAAUGAGAAAACAAAAUGUAAGUGGGAAAAUUAUACUUGCUUGUGAUGAAGAUUUUUAGUGUAUUAUAUUUUAAAUGUAUUUUAUUUAUUAGUGUUAAUGUAUAUAUUGUACUAUAGAAAAAUAGCACGUAGCACUAUUUACAUUAAAUAGCGCAAGCCAGAAUAUACUUCAUGUCAAGUGCAGAGUGUCCAUACAACAACAUAUAACAUUAGUGAACAUUAGUGAAAUUAUAAUUUUAAAAAUCAUAAUCAUUUUCUUGGUAUGAGCUUUCUACUUCCAAAGGUUCUCUUGAGUUAUUAUUUUUGUUUAUAGAGUGAGUUGUGCAAUUUUUGGAAGUAUUUUUAAUAUUUUAAUGCUCACUAUUUUACACGUUUAAAAUAUUGUCAGUAAGACUGACAUGUUAUCAAUUACUUUUUAAGUCAUUUUUAUCCUAAAUAAAUGUAUCAAAUGUUGAGCAUUAAAUAGAGAAAUUUGUAUUAUGAAGUGUAGAAAUCCUAGUCAGUUUAUUGUUUUUUUUAUUAAUUAAGUAUUGAGUAAAAUGUUUUAUUAGUGUGUGUAAAAAUAUGACUUUAAAAAGGUCAAAUUUAAAUAAUAUAGUUUUGUAAAUAUAAAGGUAUUAUUCAAGUUAAAUACUAUUUGAUUUGUUAAUAAUUGUCUCUAGCUAUAUGUUUAUCAUAUUCUUUAUCUUUUAAGUAAACAUAUUCUAUAGUCAAUGAGGGAAUGCAGUAAUUAAAAUUUGGACUCACUUUUUGAAAUAGAGUGAGGUAGUAAAUUAAUCUGAAUGAAUUAUUAUUAGCUAGUUUUUUUAUUACCAACCAUUUAUCAAAAACAAACUUUGAAAUACCUUAUACAUUAUUUUUUCAGUUUGUAUGAAUUUGUUUUCACAUUUUUGCAGGGACUUACAGUGGUGAGAUUUUCCAGCAUACACAAUAUAUAAUUAACACUAACGUAACACUUUUGAUAAAUUACAUGUUUUUUGUCUGGCGAAUAUAAUAUUAGCAUUCUAACAAGGCAGAGAAAUUAUCUUUUUCUAAAAAAUAAAAAAUUUAUUCUUUUCGGCUUAUAAAAAUGUUUAUUGAUCUUAAUCUAUGUAUAUAGAUAAUUGACCCUUAAUCUAUGUAUAGUAUCUAGAUAAUUUGACCUCAUCAUUCAAUCAUAUAUUUAUUUUAUAAAAUGGAUCAUCCACGUCCACAUCAUCCUCACAAAGCAAUGACUUAAGAAGACUUAAAAAUAAAAACCUAAGAUGUUUUUAUUUUUAAAUCUAUACUUACGUGUAUUUUUAUAGAUGAUACAAUUUCAUAAAUUUAAUAUAAAAUUUAUUAAGUUUACAACCCUAAUUUUAUCAAUUGAAGAUACCAGUUGUUUCUGCUAAUUGCAGUUAUUAAUAGUUCUUUUCUUAUUUUCACAAUAUUUAAAUUUGCAUCGUAUGGAACAUGCGCUUUACAACACAUUAAAAGUUUCUUUGAUUAAAUACUUAUUGUACUGUUAUGAAUAUCAAAGGACAUGUUAAUUAAUUUGUUAAUAUAUAGUAGUGCUUUUAUAAACUGGUAUACUAGUUUAUAAAGGCACUUGUAUUAUUUUGUAUGUUUAUUAAAAUUAUAAUUGUAACAUUGUAGGUACUGAUAAUGUAUUAAUCCAUAAUUCUAUGAUUUUCAUAUUUAAAUCAUAUAAUUAUGUAUUUUAUUAUGUACAGCGCCCACAAGUCAGUUAAAAAUAAUCCGUCUUCUCAAAAUAGCUAAUAAUAAUCACAUUCAGUUUUUAAAUAGCGCGGGGAUUAUAGUUUUCAAUUUUAAAUUCUAUUAAACUGUAAUAUUACAUAUCUUUAGCUACCUAAAUAUUGCUUAUGUACAAUAUUUUAAUAAUCUCUUCUGUAUUUUUCAUUUGCCAAGGUAUAUAUUUCAUUUUAUGUGUGCAGUGAGGUUUAUAAUAUUUUAAAAUUUAUUUGCAUGUAUGUUAUAAGCGGUAUGUGUUUAUGUUUAUUUAAAAGUUUAAAAAUGUGGUUUUAGAAUGCUCUGUGAAGUAAGUCUUAUAAUGGGUUUAUUUACAGCCUUAUAUUCCAGCUAGCUUAUCAGAGUGUACUAACUAUAUAUGAAUAUAAUUAUAUAUUUCUUCAACAACUUGAUCUUUACGUUAUCAUAUGUAUUAAACUACUAUCGCUAGUUAUUAGAGAUAUUUUGUUGCUCAAAAGUCAUUUAUUUAUAUGUUAUGUUUGACUUAAUCAACUAGUAAAAUAGUGAAAUGCAGUUAUAAUAAUUGUGAUAAAUUUCAAUAAAGUGAUUGGUGUAAAACGUAAA